UUGAACAUGUUUCUGUGGGACGAAGAGAUUUAAGACUAGACGAUUGACGUACUCAAUUCACAAUUUUUUAGAAAACUGUUGUUUUUACAAUUUCUGAUAUCUGAUAAACGUAUUAAUUUUAUCUCGCAUUAUUAUGAUUCUUCACACGACUCCCACCGCUUAUAUAAUCUCACAUCCAGAUUCGGUUAAGUAUACAGUGCCACAAACUGACAAUAAUGACCAAGUAGUAAAUCAAAAUUAUUACCAGCUAACUCGAACCCUCUUCGAAAUCCAUAAACCCUUCAUCAACAACACGCAUACCAACCUAGACGCCCUAGCUGUUAAACUGGAGUCAGUCUAUAAGUCUGAAAUUGUCCCAUAUUUUGAUAAACGAAUUGUAGAUAACGCUGCUGCAAUCGAUAAUUCCAUCGCUGUGAAAACCGCACAAGAACUAUUCUCUCAAAUGGAUUCUGUUUAUGAAAAAUUUCACGGUGCUAACGCCACAGGAUCGGUUGUAGUCACGAAAUUCAAGGACAAAGUAUACCUCUUCCCCCCUAAUUGUAGAUUCUUCAACUGUGACCUUUUUGUGGAGGACGGGGUGUUUUUGGGUGUUGAAAAGUUCGACCUUGUUGUGAUGGACCCUCCAUGGAAAAAUAAAUUCAUUAAGAGGAGGAAAGGGAAUUGCAUGGGGUACGAUACCCACUCGACGGAAUCAAUUGAGAAAUUAAGACUGGGAUCUAUUUUAAAACCGGAUGCGAUUGUGGCCAUUUGGUCGACGAACAGCAAAACGGAAAAGAUUUUGGGAGACAUGAUGAAAAAAUGGGGACUCGUUCAUCUCACGACAUUCUACUGGUUGAAGGUCACCACUUCCGGUCGAGUCACGGUUCCUUUCACCAAAAAGGAUGGAAAGCAACCUUUUGAGUCGUUAAUAAUUGCGACAAAUAACUCGGAAAUUAAAUCGCAUAUUAACUACCCUAUGCGGAUAAUAGUUUCGACCCCAUCCGCCAUUAAUUCCCAUAAGCCACCACUAACUGAUGUGUUGGAGGAUUAUUUCCAGCGUGAAUUUACCUCCAAGUGUGAACUCUUCGCGAGAUAUUUACUCCCAGAUUAUACGUCGAUAGGAAAUCAGGGAUCCACGUGUAUUUAGAGGAUGAAUCUAAAUUGGAUGAAAUGAAGGUGGAUAUGAUUGGACCGGAAGAUUCGCCAUAUGCGAAAGGAACAUUUCAUUUAAAAGUGCAAAUUCCAGAUCGGUAUCCUUUCAUACCUCCGUCAAUUACAUUCUUAACUCAAGUCUAUCAUCCAAAUGUUGAUCCGGAGGGAAGAAUUUGUCUGUCUGCACUUAAGCCGAAACCCAUGGGAAAUUGGUCUGUGACUCUUAACGUGAUCACGGUUAGUUUUUAUAAAGGAAAGUAUUAUAUUUUAUAGUAAA